CACCCCUGUGCUGGCAGUUAAAGGGUCAUAUACUGUACACUGUGUUUCCACAGAGAGGCUCCACAACAGUUCAUCAUUCUUUCUUCAACUCAUCAAAGACAGAGAGUAUUAGCAACAGGAGAGCAGCUAAGAGGCUGCUGCUGUUAAGGGAUCAGCUAUGCUUGGAAGCGUCCUCACAGAUUUGUUGGUCACAGUGACUUUACUCGUCCUCUCUUACACUGGGACUCAGUGCAGGGCUGAAAAUGACUUAUCAUUAGUUCAUUUACCAGAGUGGAGGACAAACUCAGAAUAUGUUACACAGUGUUUCUACAGCAGACAGAACAAUCUGAUUUGUGACUGGACACGUAGCCAACAAAGAACAGAGGAUGUUGCAGUGAAUAUUUUAGAGAGUGGCCCACUGGGGCUGGAGGGCGAGGCCUGUCUGGAGUUUUGGUACCAGGUUCCAGCUGCAGCUAACGGGUCUGAACUUCGAGCUCUGCUGAAAAGCAGUGAUGGUCUGGUAGAAAUAUGGACCUCCCCUGUCCUCCCCAGAAAUGUAUGGAGACAAGUGUUUGUUCCCCUGAAUAUCAUCAAACCAAACACUCAGGUUGUAUUUGAAGUCGUGUCCGCAGAGAUACAGAACCUACUUAACCAGAUAGGUGUGAGAAGAGGCUCAUGUGGACCCCAGUGUGAAUCUAACACAGAGUUAUGGACAGAUGAGUCCACCCACUGCCUCUGUUCUGCUGGCCAGCUCUCCUGCUCUCUCUCUCAGUGCCCUCAGGGCCAAAUCUGUGGUCCUCAAAGAAGAGCCUCCAGUGGGAUUUCCACCUCUGGGACGUGCACUAUACACAGUCACACAGACUGCAGCACUUUUGAUGGAGUGCUGUUCCGCUUCGUGGCCCCCUGCACCUACAUACUGGCUAAGACCUGCUCACCCACUGCAUCCCUGCCCAUGUUCAUUGUGGAAGUGGUCAAUGAGGAUAACGGGAACUCAUCUCUGCCGACCGUCCAGCAGGUCACUGUGGAUACAGGGAACUUCAGAGUGUCCCUAUUGAAAAGGCAGACACACCGGGUUGUGGUUAAUGGUCUCUGGAGGAAGCUUCCACUGAGCCUCGGCAGUGAUACUGUCAACAUCAAGAGCAACCCCGCUGCAGUUGUACUGGGAACCAGUUUCGGCCUUUCUGUUUCAUUUGACAGUGCUGGUGCUGUACAUGUCGUCCUGCCAUCCACGUACUCUGAUGAAGUCUGUGGCUUGUGUGGCAACUUCAACCACCUCAGAGAAGAUGACUUCCGCAAGCCUGAUGGUACAAAUGCCCAAGAUGCUACAGCUUUGGCUGAGAGCUGGCAGACUGGGCAACCCACCUCCUCCUGUGAAACUAUUAUAGUCCCUCAUCAGUGUGACCCACUGGAGGAGGCUGAGUAUGCCAGUGAGCUGUACUGCGGAGGCCUCCUCUCUAGCACGAGGCCCUUUGCUGAUUGCCAGUCAGUUCUGGAGGCAGAGAGCUACUUCAGGGCAUGUGUGGUCGGCAUGUGCUCCACUCAUGGUGACCCAGCAGUGCUAUGUGAGGCAUUCCAAGUCUACGCUGAUAUCUGCCAUGAGGCUGGAGUCGCUGUACCCAUAUGGAGGAACUCCACGUUCUGUCCCCCUCAGUGUGCUGAGAACAGCCACUAUAAUUCAUGUGCUGAUGGCUGUCCCGAGGUGUGCUCCAGUCUGGAUUUAGCUGGUUCUUGUGGAAGCUGUGAGGAGAGAUGCGAGUGUGACUCUGGCUUCAAACUCAGUGGAGGAAAGUGUGUCCCAGCAGAGGACUGUGGGUGCUGGUAUAAUGGGAAACACUAUGAGAAAGGAACAACAUUUGUGGAAGGAGACUGUGUGAAGCAGUGCCAGUGUAUGGGUAAUAAUGAUGUGCAGUGCACCACAAUGCAAUGUGCAUACAAUGAGGUUUGCAAGGUCAAGGAUGGGGUCAAAGACUGCUUCCCUAUCAAACCUGCCACCUGCAGUGUGUAUGGUGAUCCACACUACAUCACCUUUGACAGACUGGCUUAUGACUUUCAAGGGGGCUGCAGUUAUACACUGGCUACAGCAUGCGGAGAAGAAAGCUCAGUCCAGUUCAGUGUGAUCGGACACAACAUGCAUCCUCCCCUGCAGAACUUCACACGCUCCAAGCUGGAAGCUGUGACUCUGCAGGCUGAAGAUUAUCACCUCACCCUGAAUCAAAGUGGAGAGGUCUAUGUGAAUAACAGCCGUGUCCACCUCCCCUAUUCCACCAAUGGAGCACAAGGUUCUAUACGGGUCUACAUGAAGAAUCACUAUAUUAUCUUGGAGACGAACUUUGGCCUCAGAAUAAUGAUAGAUGGGCAGAACAGACUCUUUCUGCAGGCGGAUGAGCGCUACAAGUAUGAAAUGUGUGGACUGUGUGGCCUGUACUCUGCGCACCAGGGAGAUGAUUUCGUAAUCCCUGGAGGGGGAAACGUUACAGACCCGUUUCAGUUUGGUGACAGCUGGAGGGUGCUGGACAAUAACAAGUGCACUGCCUAUCCAAAUGACCCAAGGCUCUGUGACUACGACGAAGAGACUGAGGCCUACAACGAGUGUUCCGCAAUACUGGCAGAUGCCUUCCAGCCCUGCCAUGAGCCUGUUCACCCAUCCAUCUAUAUAAAUAGUUGUGCAUAUGACUAUUGUGCCACAAAUGGUGAUCAACACACCCUAUGCGAAUCUCUGAAGUCCUACGCAGCAGCAUGCCAGGUUGCAGGAGUGGAGCUGCCCCCCUGGCAGACAGACACAGCCUGCGCUGACCCCCCAACCACUUCACCUCCUCCAACAACUCCAACUCCUACUUCUCCAACACCAGAUCAGACUUUCUGUCCCAUAAACUGUGACUUUGACAAAAAUCUGUGUGGGUGGGAGCAGCUCAUACAGGACAGUUUUGAUUGGACAAGACAUUCAGGAUCCACCCCCUCAGACCUAAGUGGGCCAAACCAGGACCACACCAAUGGAGACGGUUUCUACAUGUAUAUAGAAGGAGACAGUGCAACCCAUGGAGACUCAGCCCGUCUGUUGAGCUCAAUGUGCCAUUACAAUGGCCAACUCUGUCUGCACUUCUGGUACCAUAUGUAUGGUUCAGCCACGGCAAUGGCCCUCAAUAUCUACCUGCUAAAAGACAAUAAAGCUACCAAGAUCUGGUCCAUGAUGAACAACCAGGGACCAGAGUGGCAUCAAGGAAAUGCUGACAUCAGAGUGUCUGGUCCUUUCCGAAUCAUAGUAGAGGGAAUUCGAGGCUCUACUGCUCAAUCAGAUGUGGCCAUAGAUGACGUUUCCAUCCACUUUGGCUCAUGCUCAGGUAGCUUCCCUGGCGUGGUUAGUGGAACUGAGCUUCCUCCCACAACUGCAGAACUCCUCCCUUCACACCCGGUCUGCAGUCUCGACUGUAGCUUCAACAGCAACCUUUGUAGCUGGAAUCAGAUGAUCACAGAUGCUUUUGACUGGACAUGGCAGAGUGGUUCCACUCCCACCCUGAUGACUGGGCCCACAGCUGACCACACUGGUGAUGGUCACUACCUGUACAUCGAGGCCAGCAGUGUUACACAUGGAGACACAGCUCGUCUCAUCAGCUCUGAGUGUUCAGACUCUGGUCCUCAGUGUCUGCAGUUCUGGUACCAUAUGUACGGCUCAGCAGAUACAAUGGCCCUCCAUGUUUACCUGAUUCAGAACAGAGUGGCUGAUGCUGUUUGGUGGAAGAGGAAUGACCAAGGAAAUAUGUGGCACAUGGCUCAGGUGGACAUCACAACAACUGGAGCUUUUCAGAUCGUCAUUGAGGGGCGCAGAGGAUCUAAUGAUCAGUCAGAUGUGGCCAUAGAUGAUGUAAAGCUUUAUCGUGGUCACUGCCCUGCACAACCUCCUGAACCUGAUCUAAAUACCACAGCUCCUGUAAGUGUCCCUGUGCCGACCACUGCAGCUCCAGAGCCCCCUGUAGUCACUGUAACUGCUCAGAGCCCCAUAACGAAUGCCACCAUACGCCCUCUAGUGGAAGCAACAAUCAGCAUCAGAAAUGACAGGUCACCAGCUCCACACCCAGUCUGCCAAAUGAACUGUGAUUUUGAACAAGACCUUUGUGAAUGGACUCAGCUGCUUGCAGAUGUUUUUGACUGGACAAGGUACAGCGGCUCCACUCCUACAGUGAAGACUGGGCCUUCCUCGGAUCACACCACAGGAGGUGGCCACUAUCUUUACAUCGAAGCAAAUAGUGCAUCACUUGGAGAUACAGCUCGUCUCAUCAGCUCUGAGUGUUCAGACCCUGGUCCUCAGUGUCUGCAGUUUUGGUACCAUAUGUAUGGCUCAGCAGAUACAAUGGGCCUCCAUGUAUACUUGCUUCACAACGGAGUAGCCAAUGCCAUUUGGUGGAAGAGGAAUGACCAAGGAAAUAUGUGGCACCUGGCUCAGGUGGACAUCACAACAGCCGGAGGUUUCCAGAUCAUCAUUGAGGGGCGAAGAGGCUCCAACGAAGAGUCAGAUGUGGCCAUAGAUGAUGUAAAGCUUUAUCAUGGCCGAUGCUCUGAUUUGAGUGGCACUGUGACAACAAGCCCUCCUAAACCUGGUGGAAACACCACAGCUCCUCCAAGUGUCCCUGUGCCUACCACUGCUCCACAGCCCCCUCUGGUCAAUGUCACAGUUCAGCCCCCUAUAGAAAAUAUCACCUUACCUCCCACAGUGGAAGCAACAACCUACUUAUUUGAUAACAAUAUAACUGAAGCUCCAGAUAAAAGACCACCAUCACACCCAGUGUGUCAACUCCACUGUAAUUUUGAACAAGAUUUAUGUCAGUGGAAUCAACUGCUUACUGAUGUUUUUGAUUGGACAAGGCAUAGUGGCUUUACACCCACUAUGAUGACUGGUCCUGCUUCAGAUCACACCACAGGAGGUGGCCACUAUCUUUACAUUGAAGCCAACAGUGCAUCACUUGGAGACACAGCUCGUCUCAUCAGCUCUGAGUGUUCAGACUCUGGUCCUCAGUGUCUGCAGUUCUGGUACCAUAUGUAUGGCUCAGCAGAUACAAUGGGCCUCCAUGUUUACCUGUUCCAAGACAGAAAGGCUGAUGCUGUUUGGAGGAAAAGGAAUGAUCAAGGAAAUAUGUGGCACUUGGCUCAGGUGGACCUGACCACAACUGGAGCUUUCCAGAUCAUUUUUGAGGGGAGAAGAGGUUCCAAUGACCAGUCUGAUGUGGCCAUAGAUGAUGUAUCACUUCAUCAUGGACACUGUGCAGAUCUGGCUAAACCAACAACACCUGCUCCACAAACCUUGGAUCCAGAUGUUACAGAGGUUCCUGAGCUUCCCGAGCUUCCCGAGCUUCCUCCAGCAAACAGUUCAUCUGCCACACAAACAACAACUUUAUCAAAACCUCCACGACCACUGACAACUACACUUACAACAACGACUGCCCCAACAACAGUGGCCCCAACUGCUUGUGAUACACAAACCCCUACAAAACCAUCAACAACAACAACAACAGCUCAAUCACAACCUCCAUCCACUUCUCAACCACACCCUCCGACAACAGCUGUACCACAGCCUCCAACAACAGCUAGACCGCAACCUCCAACCACAAUGCAGCCUCAACCACCAACCACAGCUCAGCCUGAGUCACAAACAACUAAUAGACCACAAUCCCCAACAACAGCUAGACCACAACCUCCAACCACAGCUAAGCCACAACCUCCAACAACAGCUAGGCCGCAGCCACCAACUAAAACUCAGCCACCACAAACAACAGCUAGACCACAACCACCAUCCACAGUUCAACCACAACUCCCAACCACAGCUCAACCACAGCCUCCAACCACAGCUAAACCUGAAUCACCAACAACAAAUAGACCACAACCUCCAACCACAACUGAACCACAGCCACAAACUACAGCUAGACCACAACCUCCAACAACAGCUAGGCCGCAGCCACCAACUGAAACUCAGCCACCACCACAAACAACAGCUAGACCACAACCACCAUCCACAGUUCAACCACAACCCCCAACCACAGCUCAACCACAGCCUCCAACGACAGCUAAACCUGAAUCACCAACAACAAAUAGACCACAACCUCCAACCACAACUGAACCACAGCCACAAACUACAGCUAGACCACAACCUCCAACAACAGCUAGGCCACAGCCACCGACUGAAACUCAGCCACCACCACCACAAACAACAGCUAGACCGCAACCACCAACCACAGCUCAACCACAACCUCCAACAACUAGACCAAAACCUCCAACCAUAGCGCCGUCACAACCAUCAACCACAACUCAACCUGACUCCCAAACAACAAAAAGACCACAACCUACGACCACAGCUCAACCACAAUCUACAACAACCAUUAAACCAGAUCCACCAACAGACAGACCUCAGUCUACAACUACAGCUACACCACAAUCUACAACAACAGCUAGGCCGCAGCCACCAACUGAAACUCAGCCACCACCACAAACAACAGCUAGACCACAACCACCAUCCACAGUUCAACCACAACCCCCAACCACAGCUCAACCACAGCCUCCAACGACAGCUAAACCUGAAUCACCAACAACAAAUAGACCACAACCUCCAACCACAACUGAACCACAGCCACAAACUACAGCUAGACCACAACCUCCAACAACAGCUAGGCCACAGCCACCGACUGAAACUCAGCCACCAUCACCACAAACAACAGCUAGACCGCAACCACCAACCACAGCUCAACCACAACCUCCAACAACUAGACCAAAACCUCCAACCAUAGCGCCGUCACAACCAUCAACCACAACUCAACCUGACUCCCAAACAACAAAAAGACCACAACCUACGACCACAGCUCAACCACAACCUUCGACCACAGCUAGACCACAAUCUACAACAACCAUUAAACCAGAUCCACCAACAGACAGACCUCAGUCUACAACUACAGCUACACCACAAUCUACAACAACAGCUAGACCACAUCCACCAACUACACCUGUAUCAACACCCUCUUGCCCAGAGAAUAGUCAUUACACCACUUGUACCCCUGCCUGCAGUCCAACCUGUUCAUACCUGAAUGGCCCACCACACUGUAGCGACAGUGACAGCUGUGUGCCAGGAUGUGUAUGUGAUGAUGGCUUUGUACGAAAAGGGCAGCGCUGUGUGCUUAUCCAAGAGUGUGGAUGUGUGGACAGGAAUGGCACCAAACAUCAGUUCAAUGAAGUGUGGUACACCAAUCACUGCAGCCAGAAAUGUGAAUGUGAGAAAGAUGAUGGUGUAGGGAAGAUUGACUGUGAUGACAAAGAUGAAUGUCAUAGAAAUGCUGUCUGCCUUCAAAAUAACAAGGGCGAAUAUUACUGCCAGUCUACAGGUUUCAGUGAGUGCACCAUAAAAGAAGACCCUGAAUACAGAUCCUUUGAUAAAAUGAAGCAUGACUUUGAGGGGGAGCACUCAUAUGUGCUGGUCAGGACCAAUAACUUGCCAAAUAACCUUCCAGAUGUCUACAUCGAGGGCAUCAAUACAAACAAGGUAGAUGAUGACAAUAGUCAGCAUCAUGGCGACAGUAGCAGUGAAGAAAACAGACGCAGAGUCAAGGGUGAAGAUGACAAUGAUGAAGAAGAUGAUGAUGAUGAUGACGACGGUGAUGAUGAUCACAAAGAUGAUGAUGAUAGUGAAGAGCAUGGAGAACACCACAGAUUAAAAGCACUUAAGAUCAGGGUGUACAAUCACACUGUGGAGUUCAAGAAGAAACGGAGACUGAUCGUGGAUGGAAGGAGAACUAGAACUCCUGUCUCACCAACUGCAGGCCUAAAGAUCCAUGAACAUUCCUCUCGCAUCUACCUGAAGACCGACUUUGGCCUCACAGUGGAGUUUGAUGGACACAGCACAGCAGAGAUCAUUCUACCACGCUUGUAUAUGAGGAAAGUGGGGGGUCUGUGUGGGAACUUUGAUGGUCAAAGGUGGAAUGACAGGAUGAAGCCAGAUGGUACCAUGACUGGGAGCGUUCAAGAGUUUGGAGAGAGCUGGAGAGUGUAAAUAUCAGAUGGAUGUAAGGCUGAAACACAGAACUUUAGGCCACAAGUAUAUUACUGUGUCAGUUUACAAGAAAACUCCAUAUUGAUAAUAUCUGUCACCUUAGAAAAUAAGAAGACCGAAUUAAUGCUAAUUUAAUUUUUUUCCUUAGACAACAAACCUGAGGUUCCAAACAUGACUUGGCACUGAUGUCCAAUUUUCUUUACCUCCAGCUUUUCAGGACAAUAACUUUGUGUUGUUAUAAAUAAAGUGCAUCAUAGUAAAAGAGAUUUCUGAGAUUUAGCACUGUAUCAAGACUCCGGUGUCAAGCCUACAUUUGAAAGUCUAUUUUAAAAGUUACAUAUCUCCUUGAAAUGUUUAUCACUUUUUUCAUAAAAUCUUCUGUAACCUGUGACAAAAUACCAUCUUAACUGUUUUUGUCAUGCCAUGCAUACUAUUUAUUGAAAAGUGAUGUUCUUACAGCUGUGUAUAUAUCGAUCUUACACAAUAAUGGCCACAUUGAACACUGAACAAAAGUACAAUACAAGAGAAGGAGUACACAUUAUUAUUUAUCACUAACUGACACUGUGGAAAAGAGAUUAAACUUAAGUAAAUGGUUAUUAAGAAUGUUGUUUGCACUUGGUCACAAUAUGUUUUUGAAUGGCAGUACAUUGGUAGGUUUCUACUGAAUCUUCACUGUUGUAAUAAAUAUGCACUGUGGUUAAA